UAUUCCGGGAUUAUUCCGGAUGUUGUUGGAUUUGUUCCGGGUUUUGGGUGUUUAUUCCGGGUUUUAUUCCCGCCGGGUUGACCUUCCCUGAGCCCGGCCCCAGGCUUUAGGCCCCGGAUCCCCGGCCUCUCCUUGUGCCGGUGCCGAUGCCGAUGCCGGGCCUGCAGGAGCCGCACUCUCCGGCCUCGGGCCCGGGCCCAGGCCCAGGCCGAGGCCGCUGCCGGGUCCCCGGGGCUCGGCUGACGGUGGAGCCGCUUGUUUUCCUCAGUAUGUUGGCGCUGGUGCUGCAGGCCCCGCUCUCCACUCAGUACAUCUUCCAGAGAAUCAGCUCCGAGCUCGGCUUCAGUGGAAACCGGAGCCGAGGCUGCAACAAGAGCCAAGGGAGCCAGGCCCAGCUGGAGAAGGACGUAGAGACUUUGACCUCCCAUUGGAACCUGUACAUUAACGUUGGGGGUUUUGCUGUGGGACUGUUCUCUGCGACACUGCUUGGACCGUGGAGUGACCGCGUGGGCCGUAGACCCAUCCUGAUCUUACCGGGUAUUGGUCUGGCGCUGCAGGCUGCGGUUUAUCUCAUCGUCAUGUACGAGGAGCUGCCAGUCAGGUUCCUUCUGAUUGGCCGACUGCUGAGUGGGCUUCUGGGCGAUUUCAACACCAUCCUGGCUGGAUGUUUCUCGUACAUCGCAGACAUCAGCGACAAACCGUCACGCACGUUCCGGGUUGCCGUGCUGGAGGCGUGCCUGGGAAUGGCGGGAAUGUUUGGCAGUAUUAUUGGGGGCCAGUGGAGUAAGGCUCAAGGCUACAUCAUCCCGUUCUGGCUGGUGUUGGCUCUGAACGUGGCGACUGUCAUCUACGCUUUUGUUUUCAUUAAGGAGUCUGUGACCGUGAAGAGACCGGGCAAACUGUUGACCAUGGAGCAUUACCGUGCGGUGUACCGCCUGUAUUCCAGUGGGCAGGAGACUGGGCGUCGGCACCGUCUCUGCCUGUAUGCACUGUCCCUCUUUAUCGUGGUGACCGUGCAUUUCGGAGUCAAGGACAUUCUGAUCCUCUUUGAGCUGAGUUCCCCGCUGUGCUGGCGAUCCGAUCAGAUUGGAUACGGCUCAGCAGUUGAGCACUUAACCUACUUGAGCAGUCUUCUGGCCCUGAAGAUGAUGCAGUAUUGCCUUGGCGACAGUUGGAUUGCUGAGGUCGGAUUGCUGUCAAACAUGGCCGGUUUGGUGACUUUCUCAGUAGCAGCGACCAGCACUGUCAUGUUCACUGGUCAUGGGAUGUUUAUGGAUGUGGUGCCAAUCAAGCGGGCUGAUUUAGAUGUCGCUGUUCUGUCUACAGGAGCCCUGUUCGCUUCGGUGGCAUGUGUGGAGAGUGCGUGCUCACUGGUGUCUACACUUGUCUUCAGCUCCUUAUAUCCUGCAACACUGCAUUUCAUGAAAGGAUUCACUUUCCUCUUCGGGGCUGCCCUGCUCCUCAUUCCGGCUGGAAUAAUCGGGUGA